AUGGAAGAUUUCGGCAUUGAGUUUGCUGAUGUCAAGUCGACCGCGGACCCUACUGGCCUGGUGAGCGAAAUAAAGGAGAAAAGUCUUUUGCUCCCAAAAGAAAGCAACAUCAUGGAGGCCAAACAUCCAAUUUCACAAGAUUUAUUUUUUCGUCUUGUCAACAAUCCAGCAAGAGAAGAGCUACAUUUGGACAAUCGACUUCUUCCUGAUUGCACUGUCUUCAUACACACUUGCACAGAUGACCAAGCACCCACACAAAUGAACAAACAUAUGCACAUGUACGCUAUUGCACAUAAGCAUUUCUGUGUGUGGGCUAAGUGUCUGCUCGAAGCCUAG